CCUGAAAGUGCAACACGUGAUCUUUCUCUUUGUUAUGCGCUUUUCGAAUGUUGUGUCGGUUUCCGUAUGUCGUUAUGACAUGUAUACAGCGGAUUUUAGCUUGCAGUAAUUCUUUAUUACGUCUAUUACAACGAAAUUAAGCCGUGACAGCAACGGAAAAACUAUGAAAUAUCGGUAGUUUUUCGGGCUUCAGUUGGUUGGGUACGUCACGUCGUAUCGUAUAUUGGAAAGCUUACAAGUACACGAAAAAAGUUUCCUUUUAGCUUUGGGAUAACACAAUCAUGGAAGUCGGGGGUAAGUAUUGCAUUUAGGUGAAUCAGUGCUUUAUUCAAGUAUCAAUGAGGGGUUCUCGGCUCAGUAGGUGAGGUUUAACACACUUUAAUAUUAUUUACAGAAAUAGGAAUGAGCUUACUUUCUAUAACGUUACGUCAUAUGAAGCAAAGCUGUAUGAAAACAUCUACAUACUGAUUUGCUUUAGAACCGUCCCAAAAAACUAUAUCAAGGUUCUUUUCCUUUGAUUCCAUCAUAAACCUACGUUCACCAGACGGGUAUUGCAAUUCCGACGUGUUGACGAUCGAGUCGGACAAGUCGAUACCGAUCGUUAAGCCUAAAAAUAUGCUUGUAUUUCUACCUGAGCUUUCUAUUUUAAGCUUAAACGUUGGAGGGUUUGAACAAAUGAGGUCACAUUAUUUCUUUUCAUUUUGUUUUGUCUCUUGGACAAAAAUAUCCCUUUAUUUCUGCCUCUAAGCUUAUAUAAUUAUGGAGUCGACGCUCCGACUUGUCAACAGCCUCGACCUUCUUUGCAUAAUGUCGUGCGUGCAUCAUCGAUGAAGCCUAAUAAGCUCGGUCGAGAGAUCAGUUUACUUGUAUUCAAAUCACCUUUUUUGAUGAGGAGUUGGUCAGUGACGGAUUUACACAAAGACUCGCACUUCAUGUGUAAUAAUGUGCGUGUACCACAAAAGAUUUUAAAAAAUUAGUCCAAUUUGUGUCAAAAUCUGGAACCCUUCGACUCAUGCCAGGACGCCAUACUUUAGCCUUAUAUUUUUUUAUUCAUCACUUCAUCGUUAGGGGACUGGAACAUCAUUUAUGUAAAAGCUUGAUGGAACCCAGAAUUAAUUUCCAAUUUUCAAACUUGUCAAUGUUAGUAUUUCCUUUUUCGAUCCAUAUACUAAUCAAUUCACCGACAAAACUAAUGAAGCGAAUAAAAUUCCAUCACCUCGGCGCGUGGAUGUCGUGUGAAUGACGUUAAGUCCCUGCCAACAGUUAGAAUUUUUUUAGGAUCUUUUCUGAUAGAAAAUAGUACAGAUCAGUACACCUGUAGGACCUUUAAUGAUGUUAAUUCUCUCAGUGGUUAUAUCGUGUUUGCUUUGGUAGGGCUAAAAAGUUGCAUGCUAAUUUUUGUUAGCUUGUCAAACUGUCGGUAUUUUCCAUCGAUUCAAAUUUAACAGGACGCUUAGUUUAGUAGAUGAACUGGUGCACUGCUGAGUUGUUGUAAAAAUAAGAAGACAAUAAGAUGCAUGCGGAACCACGCUCUUGAACAGUCUUAUCACUUUGUUUACUUUUACACAGCACAUGAAAUCAUUCCUGCUUCACCAGAUCGAAAUUUUUUAAAUUCGGCAAGGAAAUUGUUUGUUACUUGUAUAAAGGAUUGAUGGUUUAUUACAUCCAAGAGGGGUCGGGGGAUUUGGAGACAGGUUGGGUACAAUUUUUGAAGAGGCGUAAUUUUGGGGAAUUGAAAUUUCAAGACCUAGGAUAUUGGCAUUCUAUGUUAAAGUUGUUAAUCAACCAUAAUAUUAUAGGUUAAGCAAAUCAACAUUUCCUUCAAUAGUAGACAAAUAGUUACACUUGGGAUGCUUUGUCGGCACCAACCUGAGACUUCAAGCUGUACUUGUAAUUCUUCUGUGUACCUUUUUUUGACCUCUGCAGAACAGACUCCAGCAAUUUAACAAAAUUUCGACGUUACCACAAUGCUAAAGUACACACAGAUCGAAAAUACUUAGCCUUCAUUGCCAGACUUCUCCGAACUUCAAACCUUCUCUCACGCCAGUUGAGAGACGCACCCACCUCACAUGCAUCUUUGCUACAUUUUGGUAUCUGCCAGAUUGAAUACUUUGUGACUAGGCUUGCUCUAGGACUCUACAAUGUACUUAAACAGACCACUGGUAUCCCAAUUUGCAUAUGAAGUUAAUACCUAAGGAAGGAGAAUAAAAUGGAAUGCAGUUGAACCUCUAUUAAGCAGCCACCCUCGGGGUACUGCCAAGUGGCUGCUCAAUGGAGGUUCGUCAUAAAUCGGCAUAAUCUUUAGCAGAAACGUCACUUUAUUUUAAAACAAACGCGCGACAGGAGAGGCAUGACUGGUCCACAAUAAGCCGUCACCUUCUAUCUUGGACUGUAUUUUCCUUCAUAAUAUUCUUAAAAUGAAGCCAGACUAAGUGUAUCAAUCACUUGAUGGCUGCUUAAUAGAGGUGACAAUAGUGGGAAAACUCUCGUUGGGACAGCCAAAAGGUGGCUGUGGCCACUAAAUAGAGAUGGUUGCUAAUACAGGUGUGACUUCUUGUUGUUUUCUCUUAUUAUUAAUUUUUUGGACAGGAGGAGGGGGGAAGAGAUGAGGUCUGGGACCAUGAAACGAUGUUCUCACAACUUGCAAAGCAGUCGCCUUGCAUAGUGGCCAGCGGAUAAUUGCAGUAUUUUUCCCAUCAUAGUAAAUAUUUUAGAAGCGAGAAGCAACAACAACAACCCACGGUGGACUAUCAGUCGAGUUUAUAGAUUAAAGUUCUAAGUUAUGAUGCUGAUAAAAAUUACCGGAGAAAGUGUCAAAUUUAUUGGAAGUAAAGUCUAUUUAAGAGAGCCGACAUCGCACAGUUCGAACGUUUCACAGAUCUAAACCAAUAUGCAUUCAAUGUCAUUCAAAACCGGGAAACGGAUGCUUUACAAUUUUAUUCGAUGGAGCUUAUUUUUUGUUAGCAGUUAUGGUAGAAGGAGAUGAUGGUAGAUGGUUUGGGCCAGCUACUGGCCCUUAUUGACGGCCCUGAGAGGUGGAAGAGGGGUUGUGUUUUACAAAUUAUUAUUAUUAUUAUUACCAAAGGGUAGGUGGUACUAUUUUCAUAUGAAAUAACUUGGGGCGAGGGGGUACAGUUUUGGUACAUAACAUUUUUGUGAAAACCCCCACCUCCCUCUGCAACAUUAGCGAUCGUUCCCUAAAUUGCAAGCUAUGUUGAUCAUGAUUGAUGGUCCACCUAGUGAUGAGAAUAAGCAGUGACUGUAUAGACCUACAGCAUGCAAAUUUGCCCAACAAAUAAUCGGUCCUUUGUGCUGCGUGGUAGACUGACUGCUGUAGAAUUUAUGGUUCCAAUCCCUGGUACAGUCUGGGGUGAAAACAGUGUCUAUUAAUUUAUUAUUAUUAAGUUGGGAUAAAAACAUGUGCAUUCAUACUAAAAGAACUUUAGUAUUUAAUUUUAUUUCUAGGUACUCUGUGCAAGUGCCUGUUCAUAUGUAUAUUGAGUGUUGUUAUCUCUUAUACCCUGGCUGAUGUUCUUUCUUAUGGAAAAUGUAGAGGUAAUGUGGUGUUAUGUUGAUUCUCUGAAUUAUCUUUUCACCAGCAGAAUAAAAUAACAGAUUUUCACAAAUAAAAGUUCUGUCUACAAUCCUGGACAAAACUACUUGAGAAAAUGUUUUCAUUAAUGUGCACUACCUAACGCAACAAAACUAUUUCCAAAUCAACGGCUUUGCGAUGUAAGGUGAUUCGCGUUGGACAAAACUGAAACCUACCAAUAAAAAGCACUUUACAGAAGCUGAGUUUUGAGCACAAUGUCUCACGGCACACCAUCUUCUCAUAGAAAAGUACGACCUCAUGUACGUUUUUUGCUGCACCCUCUUGAAACAGUAAGAUUUUGCAGUAGCCGUAGAACGCGUGCUCAUUGUUACAUGUUUUCGUGUUGUUAAAACCUGGCAGGCUUGGAAAGUGUGGAAAGUGAUUUAUAGUUUUCAAAAUAGUAGGAACAAGACUUGGAUGACGGUUUUCUUAGAAGAAAAGAAGUUCAUAGUGUUUAUUUAGUGACGUAUAGUGAAGCCAAUAUGGAAACGUAUCCUGUCACGUGGAAACUGCUUCUGAGAUCUUAAAAUUGGCUUAACUAUGAGAGUUACAGAAACCUCGUUUGCUACAAGUCGGUUAACUUUUUAUGAUAAUUCCAUGAAUAGAAUAAUGUUACGAUUAACAAAGCAUUGAAAUGGUUAACACCAUUUCGUUUUUAAAAGUAAAUGACCUUCUGAUUCUUAUGAAACGUCCUUGUUAAUUGUUGUUAACCGUUGCUAAUCUUGGUAGCACCUAAAAAAUGUCCUGUCAUUCGUUCCGAAUCUUAGAUAUUGUGGAGAGAAAGAGAUUACAAGACAACUGUGGCAAUUUUUACUAUCUCUUGCUUUACAAAUGAUGAAUUUAUCUCAUAAUUCCUUCCAGUCAUAUGUAGCUAUAAAUAGCCCAAGGGCAAAACAUGCACUCUUACAGGUCACACGAUAGUACAUCUUGUCACGUUACUGCGCGUGACAUUUCUAGAUUUCAUAGUGCGAUCUUUUGCACUGGACAUCGCUACAAUGUCAAAAGUAAGCUUUCAAAUUUGGAAAGUAAAAAUACAAGUUUUGUUAAUAUUUCAUCCUCUCUCCAUUUGAUAUGCUGUUACUAAGGGCAAGCGCUUGUUCAUUGACUUUGAUUGUGUUAUCUAUUUCGGCGAUGGGAAAAUUGUUGAAAGUAUGGGUCAUGCGCCCUGAAAAUUCAGCAAAAGUUCCAUGUGUUAUUUGUUGGUCGAAUAGUAGCAGGUGAAAUUCCCGUUUUCUGGUUAAUCUCCUUGACGGAGACGUCCUUCUCGUCCGCCAAAAACGUAAUUUAUGCCUGCUCCUCUGCACUCGAAGGGUGCGUAAAAACCCUGCAUGGAAAAUGAAAUUCACAAACGUUCACGAUUGGCUACUUGAAUCAAGAAAGACAUACAAGUUGAUUUUCUUGUCAUCAACUCCUCUGUUGUCACUUAUUUUCCAUUAAUUAUCUACUUUUCUGUGAAAUGUACGAAAUAUAUGAAGAACAGAUUGAUGCGCCAGCGUCAAAUGCUCAAAAUCGACUUUUUCAGUCAAAUACAAUCCUGGACAAAACUACUUGAGAAAAUGUUUUCAUUAAUGUGCACUACCUAACGCAACAAAACUAUUUCCAAAUCAACGGCUUUGCGCUGAGAAAACCCCCUCCCCCAGUUCAAAGUUGCUUCCUACAAAUGCUUAGGGAUCCGGCUUUCUUUUGAUGACCCAACAACACUGCUUCCAGGGGGAUGGGGGGAGGGAAGAAUCGGUCGGCUAUGAAGUUUAGAAAAAAUGCCCCCCAAGUAUGCAAUUUUCUCAACAGUUUUGUCCAAGAUUGUAGCAUGCUAAGAAAAUUAAUGGUUAAGUAAAAGCAAAGUUAUUGGAUAACUUGAAAAGGGGAUAUUGAUGCAGGGUGCAAAGAAAGUCAGUUUUACAGCAUGCAAUUCAGGCAAGUUGUAGUUAGGGUGUACUAGCCCAAAACUCUUUUUGAUUAGCACUAUCGAUUACAAUCCUUCUGUAAUUCGAAUUUCCCUCAAAAAACAUCUACCCGUCGGGCAAGUUAAGAACAAAAAAUCACUUGCCCCACUUGUCAUUUGCAAAAUCCACUAGGCUAGCCCCAGGCUAUCGGAGAGGACUUUCUUUGCACGCUGUUGAUGUGUCAGCCAGAUCAAUGCAUGCAGUUCGAAACAUGGUUUUUAAAAAAGUGAGUAAUUAAACAAACACAAGUUUUAAGAAAAUCAAUUAGUGGGUACUUAAUAUUACAGGGGAUUUUUACAAUGGAGUUAUGAAAAAUUUGCCAUUUUGUCUAUGAAGCCUUGGAGUCAUUUUGGAAUUUUAACAUAUCGAAUGUGGUCUAUUGAUGACAUCACAGGUAUUACAAGGGACGUGGUUCUACAUUGGCAUUUACCAGAAUGUUGAGUUGCAAAUGUGUUAAGGCAGAAAUUUCAUUUAGUGGCUAUACCUGAAAAACAUAUCAGUAACUUGUCUGUUAAUCUGCAAGUUAAGGUAUACCUGCAGUCAUUUUGACCUGCAAAACUGAUUUUUGCUUGGUCACGAGCCUUUUUUGGCUGGCCUCAUGUUGGAAAGAAAUACCCCAGGCCCAUGAAAAAAUGAUAGGUGUAGUACUUGUGAUAAUGAGCAUUGAGUUUUUCUGGUUAUACAACAUAUGAUUGUUUAUAGACUUGUAUGGUGUGAAUGAACAACCAUGCGUUUGACAUAAGACUAUCAAGUGCAUGCAAUCUAUAAUUAAUGUACUAGUGAAAAACCAAGAUAAGGCUUAAAUGAUGCUUGAAGAUAUUUGCCAUAUGAGCAGGCUACAAUAUGAAGAAGCACUGAGAAUGAACAUCAGAUUAACGCAUUCGCUCCAAAACUGCCUUUAACUGUCCAUGCUGAUCCAUAUCCCUUGUAUUUUAGUGCUUGUGAUGUCAUCACUUUUAAUGGUCAAGGGCAAGUGUGUCUUCCAACUUGUGCAGAGGGAAGAGAUCCUUCAAACUAUGUCAGAGUCCCUAAUUCUUAUAAACAAAUCGGCUGCUGUUUUUAUGGCCUACAAGUUGCUCUGUGUAUUGCAAAAAUUAGACUAACAAGCGAGUGUAUGUACACUUGUAGCUAUAGGCUAGCAUUUCCUUUUGCUUGAUUAGCCGACUGAACAUGUUCCUACAUCAUGUUGAAAGCUUAAAGUUGUAACGCAGACAUGACACUCUUGCAUGCAUCAACAUGGAUUUCAACAUAGCAUGAAUCCCGUGAUAGAAGUUUAGCGCAUCAUACAUAAUACAGGAAAUUGCCUAACAAUUGCUGUCGUUGAUUCUUGCUGAAGAUUUUAUGCUAGAAAUGGAGUUAUAAUUUAUUUGUCCACUGCCAAGAGCAUCAAAGCAUUAUAGCCAAGUAUUUUGUUGACAGUUCAACCGAUUAUUACAGUUGAUAACCUUGGGAUAAUAGAUAAAUAAUACAGAACAAUAUUCUGUACAGUUUUCAGCUUGAACAAAAGUAGCAAUGAAGGAGAGAAUAGAAGGCUUUGGUUGCUGCAAGAGAUGGUGACAGGCAUUGCAUAUAUAUAAGACAGUGAAUAACCCAGCUAUUCUAUUAUUGCCUAACAUGCAGUUACUGCCUUGCAUGACCUUGGCCGAUAAGCAUAACAAAUGAAAUUACUGCCUGUUCCUUCUUCGCAUCCAACAAUUAAAAAGAACGUAAAUUGUUAACGCUGUCAGCGAGUUAACGAGGGACUUUAAAAGCCCCACAAUAAAGGGGACUCGGGAACGUGAACGUGACUAGGGAGAGAAGAGGGGAGGAAAGAAAGUGAAAAGUAGAAGUUGAGCCUCCUGUCACUUUAAAACCCAUGAACUAUCUUGAAAUUUUGCUUUCUGUGUACCCUUCAAACAUACUGACUUAAACUGAAACAGUUGGAAAACAGGACUAUUGCCUGAUGUUAAGUGCAGAUUAACCCAAAGAACGUGCUAUAAUAUUUGACCAUAAUAUUUAGACUUUUUACUCUAUACUUGUAGAUUGCCUACGUUUUCCUUCUAAUGGAACAGCAAUAUCCCGGGUAGAAAAUAUUCUUAUUGAUGAGACAAAUAAAAGACUUAUUGCUGGAGCGACGUAAGUAAAAUGUGUAUAAAUUUAGAAUUUAAGUGAAAAUAGAUUAAAUUAAUUUAUAACAUUAGAUUAAAAAGAAAGAAUUGUUCUGUUUGCAACUGCGGAACUUUCUAAUCUAUGAAUGGACUUCAUUAGAAAUACAGAAAUACAGCACUGUAGAUUCCUAGACAGGAGCAUUGCUAUAAUAAAUUUAUGGACAUGGUAAUAUAUCCAAAGAAAAUAUUGCUUUACUACUGUUCUUUACCACUCAUAUAUGGCUUAUUUAAUUCAUAACAAGAACACGCUUACAGCGACAUUCCGUGUCGCCUGCUUGGAGAUUAGAUCGAGAAAUGAGGACAAUGACCUGCCUUUUGUGACCCAAAAUUCCACCCAAAAUUCUUGCGGGAGUGGGGGUACUUCCAGAAAAAUUGGGUGGGGGUGUGCUGCACUCUUCAAGAAACCCUUAACCUAUUUCAGACCAAAAUCUGUGAUUUUCCCUACCCAAUUUCAAACCUGAUCAAAAAUUUGAUACCCUAUUUCAGACCUGAAGCCCUGGAGCCCGGUGCGUGACCGGAGCACAUGACAAGCUGUUAAGGCGCGUACAGACUACCAACCCCCCCAAACCCCCCAAACCCCCCACCUCCCCCUGUGAUAUUUUAAAUACAUGUUUAACAUGGAUUUUUCUUUUCAGCAAUGCAGUGUUCAGCCUUGAAUUAAAUAAUUUAACGCUACCAUCACCCCAGGAUGUAAGUAACUUUAACAAAAAAAAAUGAUAUUUUUAGAAUAGUCAUGGAAACUGUGCAUGUAUAUUGUAUAGGCAAGUUUUUACUUACAUACUGAGAUGUUCAUCUGCCAUGCUUAUUUAGCUUUUUUCUUCAAAUCUUCCUAGAAUGUCAAAAUCAUGAUAAUACAUGUAUUUGCUGCCACUUAACAAAAUGACUAGGAAAACUAAAUAAACCUGUUAAAAAACUAUUGUCAAAAAUGAUAACAAGGAAAAUGAUGCAAUGUAACAGCAAUAAUUAGAAGAAAUGUCAACUUUUUGUGUUCUUUUCACAAACAAUGAACCGGUGAAGUAAGCGCCUAUAAAAGGUGGGAAACAGUGCAUAGAAUUCAAGCGAUUCUGAUUAGAUUGGAUGAAUUAUUUUACUCACAUGUGAAAACAUUGGUCGCUCCUCCGAUUGGCUAGAACUUAGUCAUUAUAAACUUUGCAUUUAAAAGUUUAUGUUUUUGAGUGAGUAUACUCUUGAGCAGUGUAUAUUUAAUAAAAUAAUCCCAAUUUUAAAUAUUAUAAGCAUUCUCUGUUGCGCUAAAAUGGGAUUGAGGAUAGAUGCAUUUCAGAAUUUAAUUAUUUCUGCUGCUGAUUUCAGAUCUCUGUAAUUGCUGAAAGCCCACUGCACAUUCCUUUGGCUUUUACUCUGAUUUAAAUGUUGCUCAAAUAAUGUUUUAUAACUAUAGUCAGUGGCAGCAAACAUUUAUGAGUUAUAAUUUAAUAUAAAAGCUGUUUACUUUUGGUUGAGAGCUGGUAGACAGUAAAAAAGCCUCCACUCAAGAUAGCCCAUGAAUGCAGGAGAGAUCUUAGGUUGAGUGGUGCUAAAAGCUUAUACCUUUUUUACCUUAAGACUUCGUUAAUUUAAAGGGAAGUUUCUCAAGCAAAGAAGGGUCAGCUUUAGAGUUCAGCCUUUGUCAGAUGUCAAAAAUUGCUCAUUCACUAUCAGUGUAGCCUCCCCGCAGACGUCAAAAUGAAUGCGUGAUGAACGAACCCCAAAGGACGUCUGCUGGGAAGCUAAUGUCAGUGAAAUCACUCUUUUUGCAUUUAGCCAUACUGUUUAUAAUAAGAAACAUGUGACAAGGAAUUUUCAGCCAUGGAGUGAAUUAUGUGGUCUAUUUAAAAUUUCAUUUCAGCAAUAUUGCUUGAGAUUGAAAGUAAGAGGUUGAUUCUCAUGUAACACAUUUCUUUGAUCAGUACUUUUCUUAGCAUCCUGUGUGGUGUUUGAUAACCAGGGGACUGCUUGAGGAAGAAGAUGAUAACUAAUAGUAAAUGUUUACCAUGUCAUGAGCAUGGACUAAAUCCAAAAGGAUUAAAACCCAGGAAUUGCCAUCUAAUUAAUAAUUGAUUCCUUGGGUAUCCUUGUUUAAGUACAGCCAGAAAAAAAUGUGUCAUUUAUGGACGUUUGACUCACUGAAAUGUAUGGAUUAUUUAGUUUGUAGCUUUAAAACCAAGCCAGGAAGCACUACAAACCUGUUUAAAUGGAGGACUAUCCCAAGUAAGACCAUAUGCUAAUAGGCCAUUUCCUCUCACUUUCAAAAUGAGGCUAAGUGCAAAACCUUUCUUCUCAAAUUGUUUUUGGAAGAUUGUAAUUAGUUUAGAGAAGUU